AUGUCUUCAAAAACGGAACCUCAAGGGAGUCACGCCCAUGCUUUUACCGCGGAUGUUAACAAUACAUUUGAAAUUUUCUCUCACCGCGCAUUGACUAGAGAAGCACCGAGUCCCCAGGAUCGCAGGGACCAGAGGCUCUCCAAUGAUAUAGUAGAGUAUCUGCUUAGAGAAGUUCCGGAAUUUCGGCGAUUAUCAGAGCUCCGGAAAAAGGGGUGGAAUAACCCAAAAGGCGACCGGUUCUUUGAAAAGCAGCGCCGAGCUGCCGAUCACGCCGAUGACAAGACAGCUAAGCAUUUCUACAAAAUGAUGCAAGACAUAGGACGAGAUAUGCACCGACUUACAGGCGUCUUCCAAAUCAAAAGCCCCAGUCCGGAUCAAAAUUGUAUACUCGACAUGUGCAUGGCUCCGGGAGGCUUCCUUGCGACAGCAUUGCGUCUUAACCCUGAAGCCCAUGCUUUGGGGUUCAGCUUACCCAAGUGUAAUGGAGGACAUAAUGUUCUUCUACCGAAGCAUCCCCGUGUUACACUAAAGUUCCUUGACAUCACAAUGUUAGCCGCAGAUAUGGGGCUAUCAGAUAUCCCGUCCGAGCACCCAGACACUAGAAAUUUCCUACCUACCCAAUUCGAACCGGGGCAGGUUUUUGAUCUUGUUUUAUGCGACGGUCAGGUGCUCAGGAAUCAUGACAGGGCAGCCUAUCGCGAGCAUAGGGAGGCAAGAAGGUUGACCAUUACCCAAUUGAGUCUUGGGCUUAAGCACAUCAAGCCAGGAGGAACUAUGAUUGUCCUCCUCCACAAAGUCGAGUCUCUAGAAUCCGUGCAACUCCUCUACAUAUUUGAUAGGUUUGCUUCAGUGCGGCUCUAUAAGCCUACGAGGGCUCACGCUACACGAUCUUCCUUCUACAUGCUGGCAAGCAAUAUCAGGUCUGAUUGUGCAGAGGCAGCCAUGGCUAUUGCAAGGUGGGAAAGUAUGUGGAAGAUUGCGACCUUCGGCACAGAUGAUAUGUACGAGAAAGCUCUUACUGAGGACGGCUUACAUGCUGAAGUUCUAUUGAGGGAGUUUGGUCCUAGAUUAGUCAGGUUGGGCAAGAAGGUCUGGGAUAUCCAGGCGAAUGCGUUGGCAAGGGCACCUUUCUUGAAAGAAAAUCCAGUCGGGCUCGGAGGAAUGACUGUUCAAGAAAACACAACUCAGUAA